AUGGCUACACAAGCAUUUAUUACAAUAUGUUGUAUUUUAGCCCCAUUAUCGGCUAUAUCAGUAUUGUUGAUUACAUUGGUGAAUGAAAAUUUAAAGAAGAGUAUAUCUUUAGUAGCUAAAGUUCUUGCCAUCGCAAGUGUUAUUAGUAGAAUUAUUGGUAUUGGGCUUGAGAUUAAUAUUGUUGUGAAUGCUAUUAAGUAUAUGGAUACUGUUGAGAACAUGGUUGGUAUAAAUAAUUGGAAUACUAGCAUGGGUGUAUCGUGUAUUUUGGUUAUUGUUGCACUCGCAUUGAACUUAGUUGGUGCUGUUCUUACUCUUAUGAUAAAAUAA